AGUCGACUACUCAGGCAAUCACUGAGGAAACGACUCAUUCAGUAACUACUGAUACAACAACUGGUGGACUCCGGAAGCAAAAUGACUCUGCUCAAACAUCACCAGCCGAUGAUUUUGUCACUUUAAUGUCGACGACGAGUAAACCAUUGAUUACAUUCAUCCCAAUGGAUAUCUCGAAGACAAGUCAAACAGUCAUAGACUCCACGACCCAAUCGAUGGUCACAACAACACAGUCAUCGAUAAGUACAACAGAAUCCAUGAAACAAACAGCAAGUCCUCGAGAGUCAGCGGUUGUCACGAAUAAAACCACUCAAUCGACCACUCCUUCCACUGUAUCGACAACUCCUACAUAUUCAGAGCUCGACGAAGGAGCGUGUGUUUACGACAGCAAAGUAUAUCAGUCGGCCGAACAGAUCCCACGCCCACAUCCCUGUGACUUCUGCUUCUGUUUCCGCGGGGAUAUCAUAUGCCUUCAGCAGACGUGUCCGCCACCAAUCGCCCGGUGCUAUGAGACACAGAUUGAGGGAUUCUGUUGUCCUCGAUAUGAAUGCCCGGUUCAGGUGACCACUCAGAAUGUGACGGUCACUACACCCACAACACUGCCCACACAGCAAGUAGAGAGAAAAGGGUGUCAAAUAAACGGACUCUUCUAUGCGGUGGGAGAAGUGAUCCGACCGGCGAGUGGGCCCUGUCUUGAGUUGAUCCGACCGGCGAGUGGGCCCUGUCUUGAGUGUAAGUGCGACCACAGCGGAGUCAUGCAAUGCAACCCUCAAGAAUGUUCACCUCAGGCACCGUUACUCCUAAGAAUGAACCGCCAAUUCUUCGGCGGUUCCACUUCGAGACGAAGAUAACGAAUGAGUGCUAUAUUUAUACGAAACCGAAACCACUUGUGAUUUGUUUUAUUAUGUUUUGUUGUAAACUCUAAUUAUUUAAACAAAAAAAACACUUUUCCGAUCGACGCAAACACCCGUUGGCCUUAUGUGUAGACAAAUUGCGC